AUGGUGCAGACCAGACGUCAAGCCGCCGCCGCUGCCGCCGCCGCCGCCGCAGCGGCAGUAGCGGCAGCGGCAGCAGCGGCACAACAGCCACCCCAAGUCCAGCCGCAGCCGCAGCCACAGCCAUAUGCCGCAGGAGCACCGGCACUGAUACUGGGUGCACCUGGUGCAGGACCUCCGGCGCCUGCCCAAGGACCACAAGGAGGGCCAGGAGGGCCAGGCGGACCAGCACCUGGCGGAGCUCACCAAGUACAACAAGGCCAGCCACAGCAAGUUCAAGUACUGCGUCCGCCCGGGGGAGUAGUACCGGCACCCGCACCCGCACCACCACCGGCACCGGUACCGCCUCCACACCAAAAAUUACUGCCUGCCGCUCAGUAUGUGAUUCAGUGGAAGAAGAGUAACAAAAAUCGCCUGAAAUGCGUACCACCGCCACCUCUUGCCGAGCUCAUGACUCUAUUUGUGGAUCUCAUCAACAUUCUGGACACACAAAAUAUAUGGAAGAAAGAGAACUUCCCUGACAACACCACCGUCGGCGUACUCGAUAACCUGAAUCUUUUGAAAUCCGAGUUCCACAGCGCUUCUACCGCACCACACAGAAAGGGCAAGGGCGCACGACAGCGGAAGAUGGAAAAUUUUCAGAAAAAGCUGCCCGCGCAAGACCAAGCCGUCUUAUCGAAAGCUGAACAUGCCGUGGCGAGUUUUGUAUUGCUCUUGGAGAAUGCGGCGGCGGCAGUACCAGGUCCGGUACAUGUUCCGGUACCAGUGGUAGCACAGCCCGCGGUGGUAGCACAGCCCGCGGUGGCUCCUCAGCAAGCUCCUCCCGGUGGCGGAGCGGGUCUUGCAGUUGUCGCGGACAAUGAUUCCGUACGGAGGUGGCGGUCAUCCCCAGCUGGAUUCGGACUUUCCGCACCAGCAGCGCCCGGAAAUCAAGGACCGCCGGUGAUCGCGCAAAUGUCCCUACUUCCGCAAGGUGCACAACCACAGCAACAAGGACCGCAAGCACAGCAACAGGGCCCGCAAGCACAGCAGCAAGGACCGGGGCAGCAAGGAUCACAACUAUUGGCCAGGUUUAUCGCAAACCAUUUGCGACAAAAGUACAACAAUCUCACCAGUGCUGAAAAGAGGCGUCGAAGCUUGGCAGUGUAUUUCAGGAAAUACUACGCAGAGGGUUCUUUCGCCAAUUUUCGUUCUGCUGAUCACGUUGCUGCCAUCGCCCUGUGUAAAGUUCCCAAGCCCGGAGUGUGGCCUGGACUCAGCAACGGCUUGACGGAGAGCCGGUGGAACAAAUGCCAAAAAAAUCGACAGUAUGUGUCGGAGGAGCCAUCGGUUCUUAUUUGGCCUCGAGCACACUAUAAUGUGGACGGAGACUUUUACCCUCCUGGCGACCGGAGGCAAAAAGCACAAAGUCGGGUACCAUUUCUACGGAUGGGCAUUCACAACAGAAGGGCCGUGCUGCCACCAGAACUUCCAACUCUAGACAUGAAAAAGAAGAUGAAUGGCAUCUCAAGACUUCUAAACGAAACCGGGCUGCGUUUCCAGAAGGUCCUUGGACAAGGUGGAUUCGGUGUCACGGCACUUUAUCAAGUCAGAAGACGGGCGUCGCGGGUCCAAAAGCCGAUUCAAUUUGUGGUCAAGGCCGUGCUGGACGAUGAAACGAGCCUCUCCGAAGAGAAGGAGCAUUUGAAGCGAUUUCAAGGAUGUCGGCAUGUUGUCCAAAUUUACCAUACACACAAGAUCUCAGCCGAUCUUGUACAGAGGAAUCUAUACAAGAAGACACAGCGGCGUAUCGUGCAUUUUAAACUCGACCGCCUGGACACAGCCGAUGACAUCAUGUUUACCGAGUUCAUGAACCAUGGAAGUCUGGACGACUACAUUUCACGCAUACGCACGACGGGGAUGAUACUUCCAGCACGUGGUCAAUGGCGGAUACUGAGCUGCCUGGCCCAUCAACUUAUUGCGUUAAAGUACCCCCGGAACAUUAUUCGGCCUGAUGCUAUUCCGAGUACAGCCCCUACUUACGACAACGCGCUGGCCCACAAAAUAGACACCGAAAGGAUACCGCGGGAUCUCGAUGACAGCGAUGCCGUUGUUCAUUUUGAUAUCGACCCGAAUAACAGUACGUCGCCACCCCGUUUCGCUGCGUUGGCCAUGCCGCGUCCGUGCAUGUACGGACCACCGGAAAUUGAAGCAGCCUAUUAA